AUGCAAUCCAGCCUGGGUGAUGCUCUUCACAUGCCAGGCACUGUGCUAGGCACUGGGGCGGCAGAGAGGAAAGAUGCUCUCUUAGGGGAUCUGCAGUCCAGCAGAGGAGAAAGAUGGUCCACUAACAGAUGGGGCAGUGCAGCAACACUCCCAUCCUGGAGAGCAGGGCUUGGUCCCGCCCAGCACGGGCUGACUUUAAGCUUCCUUGAUGUGCCAUCGUUCAGGUACCAGCCUUCUCACCUUGUUCCCUCCCCCAAUCCCGAGUCUCCCAGACUCACCAGGCAUUCCUCUUGGACCCCUCUGUCUUCCCUCUUGCCUGAGCUGACCCAUUCCCAGCUAUUUCCCAGCAACACAAAUCCCAUCCAAAGCAGGGUCACAAGCAGAGACAAUAUACCUAUUGAACAGUCUGUAGAAGCUUGA